UUGAAGUGAUAUUUAGUUGAUUUAUCUGUCAAUUAACAUGGUAUUCCUCACCAAACCAAUGACUUUGACUGUAGUGUGUUCAUAUGUACUUAUGCAGAAUGCUUAAUCAGACGUGUCCCUUUCGCAUUCUCUCAAGUCCAUAUGGCAGAUAAAAGGGCCAAAAUGAUGGAGGAACUGGUGUCAUGCCACUUGCAGUUUCCCAAGCCCAUUCCAUUGACAGUGACUGACGAAAACGCAAAUCAAACUACAUGUUCAGAAAGUCCGCGCGUUUUCGCCAAGGUGAUACCAUGCACUUCCCCCAAGAAAGGGCCAAUGGGCAGUGUACGGCGAUUGAUACAUUCAGUAUUGUGGCUUUGCACUUCUCUUAUGGCAACAUCACACGAGAUUUUCUUGACUACAUACUGAUUGAAGGCGACAAGUACUACGUGCAGUCUAAGUCAGCCAACAAUGUGACUGCUCUUCAUCUGUGCCUAGACGAGCUUUUACCAUCAGUGAUAUUUCGUGGUCACACUGUUGGAAUUGGUAUUCAGGCUGUAUGGGAGGGUUUCUUCAGUUCUUCGAUGGUCUUCAGGGACCUCACCACGGGAAUAAACUCUUUGAUGGAGAGGCAUGAAUCAAGCCUUCACGAUUCGGGGUUUAUGUACGUUGCUGGUACCAAGACAGUUGUCUUCAUCUCUCGUCUCGUUGGUGAAAAGAGGAACUUCUUCAUGUUCAAUUCCUAUCGUGUAGAUAACAAUAAUUGCUAUCCAUUCGCCAACCCAAAUAGAGGGACAGCCCGCCUUUUUCGCUGUCUGACAGUAGAAGCACUCACUCGUUUGCUCCUCAUCAAUCAAGGUGGUUCUGGUGUAUGGCAAAUAUUCUGUGUCCAAAUUUACCUCGAGAUACUUUUGAACCCCAUGGGAUCACGAGAUAUUUCUGUUGAAAGUUAA